GUGCUGGGCAUUUCGUAAAUAUAAGGUUGUGAGUUCAGUUUGAUAGAUCUUGGGCAUCAAAAUCAAAAUAGUAGAGAAGCAGAGAGAGAAUGGAAGCACUAUCGGCUUCGAACCAAGGCGAGUUCGAUUACUUGUUCAAGCUCUUGAUGAUCGGCGACUCCGGCGUCGGCAAAAGCAGUCUCCUCCUCAGCUUCACCUCCGAUUCCUUCGAAGACCUCUCUCCCACCAUCGGUGUGGAUUUUAAGGUCAAGUAUGUUAACGUCGGCGGCAAGAAGCUCAAGCUUGCGAUUUGGGAUACAGCUGGUCAAGAGAGAUUUAGAACCUUGACAAGUUCAUAUUAUAGAGGAGCACAAGGGAUAAUUAUGGUUUAUGAUGUAACAAGGCGAGAGACAUUCACCAACCUUUGUGAUAUAUGGGCCAAGGAAAUAGAACUUUAUUCAACAAAUCAAGACUGCAUCAAGAUGCUUGUGGGAAACAAAGUCGAUAAGGAGAGUGACAGGGUUGUAACCAAAAAAGAGGGAACAAAUUUUGCCAGGGAAUCUGGAUGCCUCUUUAUUGAAUGCAGUGCUAAAACUCGAGUUAAUGUCCAACAGUGCUUUGAAGAGCUUGUUUUAAAGAUUCUGGAUACUCCUAGUCUAUUAGCUGAGGGUUCUAAAGGUGUGAAAAAGAACAUAUUUAAGGAGCAACCACUGUCCACUGCAGCCACAAGCAGCUGUUGUUGAAGCUGAUAUGUCUUACAAACUUUGGCAUUUCAAAUGUCUCUAACUAAUAGUAACGGUCACUUUGAAAUCUCAACGAAUUAUGGCCAUCGUAUUUUUGUUUUACAACAACUGAAAAUUACUUGUAAAAUAUAAAUUAUGUGAGUCAUGCCUUUUGUGUUGAGUUUUAUUUUAGACUAAUUUGUUGUGUACAAACAUAAUCAAAUUUAAUGCUGUCCAGCCAGAAUUCCUGAUGUAGUACAACACAUUAAGCUUAUUCAUUUGUGCAUUGUACAUGA